AACCCAGAAUCAACCAAGGUUGAAUACGCCCUCAAAAAUGUUUCGAUGUGGACUUUUAGUAAUCAAUCCUUCAUGUAUCAAGGCUUCUAUACCACAGAUUAUCAAGGUAGCGUCUAAAGAUAUCAGGGAUGUAUUAUACGUUGAUUUAUUCAAUUCCAAAGCGGCUUGUCUCUCGACUACUUACUCUCUUCUACUUCAAGUUUAUGGAAGGAGUCACCGUAGUCUUGGUAAUGUGGACAUCAAAGUUCUUCUCCCAGAGCUGGGGCAGCCCAAACCUAGAGUAUUGUCCAAGCAGCCUGAUAUUACUCUUGUUGUUGAUUUUCCUGAGUCCAGUGAGGAAGAUAACACGUUGGAUAACAUCAAGACUUGGAUUAAUGAGCGUUUUUGGGGUCUCUCAGAAGUCCAGUCCAGGAUUGUGCACUUGAAUAAAGACCUGUCUUUGCUGUCUUCAGAAUCUUCAAUCGAUUUGGCUAGUAUUCCUUCCUUGAAGGUCUAUGAUGAGGUUGCUUUGGGAGGGACAUUUGAUCGCAUUCACGACGGCCACAGGUUACUUCUUGGCGUAGCUUGUCUGUUGUGCGAGAGAAAGAUCACUGUGGGGCUCAGCGAUGGACCUUUACUUGAGAGAAAGGUAUUAAAGGAGCUUAUUCAGUCGUUUGAAGAGAGAAAAAGGAUCGUUGAAGAACUGAUUGAAGAUAUCAGACCAGGUCUGCAGCAUAACAUUGUUCCUCUGACAGACCCUAUUGGGCCAGCAGGCACAGACCCUAACCUGAAAUGCCUCAUUGUAAGCAAAGAAACAGAAAAAGGGAUAGCAUUUGUAAAUGAAGCAAGGCGAAAGAGCAGCCUUCAAGAUUUAGAAGCACAUGUCAUUGACAUUGUAACAGAGGAAACAGCCAUGUUUACCCCUGGUAAAAGUGAUGACGCAGAAAAGAUGAGUUCUACUAUUGAGCGGCAUAAACUUCUUGGUAAACUACUAAGGCCAGUCAAGAGUAUUCCAAGGAAAAGAAGCUCAGAGAGGCCAUAUAUUAUAGGGCUUACUGGGGGAAUAGCCAGUGGAAAAUCAGCUAUAAGUAAAAGACUUGAAAAACUUGGAGCAGCAGUGAUUAAUUGUGACCUUUUGGGCCACCUUGCUUAUGCCCCAGGAAAGAAAGCCUAUGGCCAGAUUGUAGAAUCUUUUGGAGAAGAGGUCUUAGCGAAUGAUGGCACAAUUAACAGAAAAGCUCUUGGCACUAUCGUUUUUGCAGAUAAAGAUAAACUGAGUGAACUGAAUAAGAUUGUUUGGCCUGAGAUUAUGAAUUUAGUAGAAGAAAAGAUAAGCAUCUUUGCAAGCCAAGGGGCACAAGUUUGUGUAGUAGAAGCUGCUGUUUUGUUAGAAGCUGGUUGGGAUAGUGUUGUAGAUGAAAUAUGGGUCACUUUUGUGCCAGAGGGUGAGGCAAUAAACCGCAUGUUAUCAAGGGAUAAGAUGAAUGAACAACAGGCUAUCAACAGAGUUAGGGCACAAAUGAGCAAUGAGGAUAGAGUUAGUCAUGCACAUGUGGCAUUGAGUUCAUUGUGGGAACCAGAGUACACGCAAAAACAGGUAGAGAGAGCCUGGAAAGGACUACAGGAGAGAAUAACAGCAUUGCCAUCCAACCAAUCUGCACUUUAACAGUUUUCACUUUCAUUUUUUGUGUUCCUAUAUUGUCUGGCAAACAGUAUUUAAAGAAGUUACCAUAAUCACGUUGACUCAAAUUUUCCUUGACUUUCUAUAUUUUAAGAUUUUUCAUAUUUUUUUCUUCUUAAAAUAAAUACAAUGUAUGAGGAUACUUUAUAUAUGAAAUCUUGGGGAACUGGUAAAGCUCUAAAUAAAAAGCUUUUAAAUUUUGUUUUCUUUAGCUAAUAUUUUUUAAGGGGCUUGCAAAGUCAUGACUAAUGUUAUGAAAAGUCAUUUAGUUUCAUAUAAAGAUUCAAUAAUUUACAAUGUUUUCUAGUAAGGGGCUUGCAAAGUCAUGAACAAACUAAAAUGGCAAUCAUGUCUGUAUUAGUGAUAUUAAAUACCAGAAAUCAUAUUUUAAAAGGGUAUAUUAAACCCAGAUCUCUAAAGGCUACUUCACAAGUUUUCACUAGCAAUGUACUAUAUUAUGUAUUACAUACACAAAAAUAAGAAUACAGUAAGCUCAUUUUCACUGUUGAAGAAACCAAUUGGAACAUAUUCAAGGGGGUUACUGUGUGUUACUUAAAGAAGGCAUCACAUAGUGUCCCUUUUAGGUCUUAACCUAUUUUUUCUUAUUAUUUUCAACUCCAGAAGUUAUGUGUCUAGUCACCUGAUCCCCCCCUUGUCCUUGUCUAGGCAGAAGUCAAAAUAAAUAGAAAACAUUUUGAAUCUAAUCGUGUUGGUGUUUGCUUUAUGCUUGCAUUGCUAAUCAGUGCUACGCCUGAGCAAAGAAACACGUCCAGGGAGAUAAUGGCCACAUCUGUGCUUAAGAACACUCUGGGAUAGAAAUGCUAGAGCACAUUGACUGAAGAUAGUAUGCAAUGAUGUCUCCUACAACAGAUGGUCAGUUUGCUUCUUCUUGGACAGCUAAUCAAGUCUUCUUAUAGAAUAGGCUCAGUACCAUUCCAGUUUAUCACUGCCUUCUUCCAUCUACAAAAGACACAUGUCAAUAAAUGAUAUAAGAAUACAACUGACACACAGCUGGGUUAAGAAUAAUGGCCAGUUAUUGGACAAUGUCUGAACAGAAUCGUACUUGUACAGUCAAAUCCGUGCUGGUCAUUUUAAUCAGCAACGUUAAGCCAGAAACAAGAUAUGACUGAGUGAGGCAAAUCAAAAUUGGCUGGUCAUCAUGACUGGUGACUGCUAGCCAUUAUUUUUAACACUGGAUACAAGCAUGUUUUCCUGAUGAUAUCAAGAGUGGUAUAAGGCAUGGAUACAGGAUAGUAGAGUACAUACCUUGUUCUUAUGACAUGUUCCAAAGGAGGCACUAGUUCUCCAUCCUGGUAGUCUGGACAUUCCUGGCUUGUAUCUGUAAAAGAAUGAAAUUAGACAAAUUUUGUUAAUUAAUGAUCAAAUACAAAUAAAUAAUUUAAGGUGA